AUGAAUGAGGUUCAUUGCCUUGGGGGCAGAGGUCAUUUCUUGGAUGUUGAUUUGCCCACUGCUGUAACGAAAGAAGCGUACCAUAACAUUAAUCUUGAACACAAUCAUUUUAUGACUUCCCGCAGCCUCUACUAUUCCAGAGUGAGUAGGGCCACAGUCGCUUUUGUUGGUUUGCAAUGUGUAAAUAACUCUGAAGUAAGAUGUAUCACGGUUCAAAGCUUUACAAACGCAAAUAGAACGAUCGACUUAAAAGUUAAUGGGUCCCGCUUCUACAACAAUAAAACGAAUCGAGCCCCGACACUGCAUGUUACAGGAAUUACUGCUCAAUCUGGAAAAAUUUACAUCUUCAACACAUCGUUUGUCCGUUCCGAAGUUGCAGUCAGCUUUACGCCGAAUUUCAAAGUUCACCUUGAAGCUGUAACAGUGAAAGCAUCGUUACAAGGUGUCCGCAUUGUCUCGUAUCCGUAUAAUAAGACUGAAAGGAACAACAGCAUUUUUUGUUUAUAUGCGAUAUUUAACAACUGUACAUUUCGAAAUAACUUAAUGGACGUGUUUGGUUUGCUAAACAAUACUAUCCGCGUUUAUCUUGAAGUGACCAACACGGUUUUUGACGGCAAAGAAAUACAAGAGGAAUACGCAAAGAAUGCUACAUUUGGAAUUCGCAUUGUCAUUCCCUCUCUAGACAAACAGUUACUUUCAAAAGUAAACGUUGAAAUAGAAAAUGCAACCUUUGCAGGUCGACCAACUAAUGCUUUUGUGUUUGUUGCUAAGGGAAACAAGACGAUCACUCUAAGAGGCUGCAAGUUCCAUGAAAGCUUCAGUCUAGAAACGAACAUAUGGAGAGUGGGAAAAUUUAAGAACUUGCCGAGGUAUAUGACUGGCCAAGGAGCGUUUCUUUUUCUCUUUGACUCCGAUAAGCAGGUAGACAAAGGAUGUGUUGAGGGAGGAGUUAGAAACAACACACAUCCUAAUUGGAGCUACACCAGUCGCGUCCUUUUUGAAGACACUCUAUUUCAAAACAACCUUGGGUAUGAAGCGGGUGCGAUUGAAAUCAUUAACGGUUAUGUUACUUUUCGAAGAUGCAAUUUCACGAAUAAUUUUGCCUUAAGCGACACAGGUCAUGUUUGUGUUGGAUACGGCAGUGCGAAGGUCGAGUUUCAGAACUGUGCUUUCGAGCGCACAGAAAAAGAAGGAACUUUCAACGGAACUUCUUUUAGAUUUGGCGGAUUUCUGCAUUCGCAAAGCGGAGGACCAAUCAAGAUAAAGGAAACUUCUUUUAAUACAAAUUUCUCUGAAAGGCUGAUUCGUCAACAACCAAUUAUCAGGAUAUCGUCCGGUGGCUAUUUCGAUAUGGACUCAAACUCUACCAUUCAAUGCCCAAUGGGAAGCUCGCUUCAGUUUGACAAUUUUACUCACUUCAGUUAUGGAGGUGGGAAGGACAGUACAUUUUGCCGUAUUAACGUUACAACUGAGAAAUUUACAUGUCUAAUGUGCCCUUCAAAAAUGUACAGUCUUCAAAGUGGAUUUUCUAGGGGACUGUCCGUUCGCAAAGGCUUCAGUUGUCUUGAGUGCCCAUUUGGAGCCCGCUGCGAAGGACCCAAUAACAUUGUCGCUAAACAAGAUUUUUGGGGUUACAAAAUUACAAAUUCGAGCAAUUUCUCGUCACUGACAUUUGUGCCUUGUCCUGAGAAGUAUUGCCGCAGUAAAAGUCAUUACCACCAGGACUUCAACCGUUGCUAUGGUUACCGGCAAGGUGUUCUUUGCGGGAGAUGUGCUCCUGGUUUUACGGAAUCACUGUUUUCAACUAAAUGUCGAAAAGCUGACGAAUGUAAAUGCAAUUUUCAAUUGUGGCUUUUCAUGGCAAUCUAUACCAUCGUUUUGACUUUCUAUUUGUUGAAGAAACCUCCUCUUGUUCGUUUUCUGAAAGAUCAAAUUUUCUGGUUUAAAAAGGAUCGUCGUCAACAGAACUUGCAAAGAGACUUGGUUCUUGAGAAAAAGGAAAGCGAGAAUGGCUAUAUCAGAAUUACGUUCUAUUUCUACCAAGUAUUCGAUUUGCUAAGCACCACAUCUGUGGAAACAAUGAUGGAAGAAGUUCCGUACAUUUCCACGAUGGUCGCUGCUUUUAACUUUGAAGUCCAUAUCCUGGACAAGAAAAUUGGCUGCCUCUUUGCUGGACUGACAGCGGUCACUAAGGAAAUGUUCCUCUCUGCGCUGGUAUUUGUUGCCAUAGGUCACGUGUUCAUGACCUAUUGUCUUAAUUUGGUGGUUUACCGAAUAUUGAAGAAACACAAGCCUUUGUUCGUUCAUUACGUAGCUGUUGCCAUGGAAAUCCUGUUGCUUGGUUACGAGCGUCUUGCUGAAACCUCGCUCAAGUUAAUGCACUGCGUACCGAUAGGAUCUGAACUGCGUCUUUACUACGAUGGUAAUGUUGUUUGCUGGCAAUGGUGGCAGCACUGUCUUCUGGCUUUUAAUGUUAUUUUCGUCGUUCCAUUCGUCGGGGUUCUGUACCUGGGUUCUGGAAAGCUGUAUAACAAGACCAUAUCAUGGAAACAGUUUAUUGGUGCGUGUAUUGUUCCCCUACCGUUUCUCGUUUACUGGCUUGCUAAACGUUCAUGCACCAAACAGAGAGGAAACCCCGCCUCUCAUAAUAGAUACAGCCGCCUUUCAUUGCUUAUUGACGAUGGAAAUGCCUCACAUGAUAUAGAAGAGUGCACCAACGAAAUUUCCAACAUUUUGCUUGGCCCUUUCCGUCCAACUACUGCGCAUGAUCAAGGGACGCUCUACUGGGAAAGCGUUCUGAUUGGUCGAAGGCUUGUGCUUCUCAUAUUUCGCGCCUUUAUUCCCAAUUUCAUGGUUUGUUCCUUGUGCAUGUCGGUUGCCUGUAUUUUGAUGGCAGUUCAUCAUUUAAUCAAGAAGCCAUUCAGGGACCGCACAGCAGAUAGAAUGGAAACUUUUUCUCUGAUAACAUUGUCUUGUAUCGCGACCAUAAACGUGACAACAGCGACUCUCGCGUCCUCUGCAGUCCGCCCAGAAGGUCCAAACAAAAGCAUCAUUGUCGUCCUACGGUGGAUCCAAGUGGCUCUUCUCAGUUUUCCUUUUGCGCUGUUUGCGUUGUUGAUCCUAUUCGCAUUGCUGUCGCAACUUGUUCGUUUUGUCAUCUUGCUGAAGCGAAAAAUCUGGAAAGGCAGAACACCGAACAUUUAGACGUCUAGAAUUUUUCACCUCAUGUGUGAGUUGAGAACGGCUCAAGUAAUCAUAAAGGCAAGAACAACUUUAAUUAAAUAAAUCAGAGAUAAUUCAGUUCAAAGGAGAGAAAUUUCGUGAAAGUUCAGUGCUAAAAUGUAAAUAUAAAAUUUGGUAUGAAUGUCGUCAUUUGUAGAGGUGUUAGCUAACAAACGCAAGUUAGGACAUGAAGGGUCAAAGUGAUAAAAUUUUUAAGGCCAAUUUGGUCAAUUUGGCGAGGAGGUGAAUUGUAGAAACGUUUUCCAAAGUCAGGGGUUUUGCCAUCUAGGUAGGUCCAAGGGCAGUCUAAUUCUGAGACGGAAUGUCUAAGGUCGUUUGCUGAAAAUUCUUUAAACUUUGGAACGAUGUCAGUCACGAGUAAAAAGCCCUUUUGUUUAGCCUCUGGCUAGAUUUUUUUUGGAUGGGAUUUUGAGAAAUGGCGAAUUUGACGUUAAAUUGUCGGGGUGUGGGAGCGGGGGGUCGUAAGGAAGAUAGAAGGAGCUUAUUCUCUCUUGUCGUUAGUUAAUUCAACAGGAAAGUCGCAAGACACAAGUUUAAACUUGUUUGGCUUUGCUACUGUUGCGGCCACGAAGGAGUUCAUCUGGUGUUUGUGCGACCCUUACUUUGUCUUGAGUAGUCAUUCGAGGCUUAUUCCUAUCUAGUAAAAUAAUUUUAGAAAAAUUUCCCCCAUGCAUUCUGACUGUUGAAUAUGUUUGAUGGCUUGGACGUUUAAAGGCUCCUUACGGACAAUUUUCUCAACAAUAGGCAGAAUAGCAUCGUAAAAUAUGAAAGGAGAAUGAAACAAAACUUUUGAUCAGGGGAUAAAAAAAACUUACCAGGCAAAUCAGGUUGAUAUCUACAAUGGAAUGUUAGUGAGGUCGCCUUCUAGACCUCUUAGUGAAUUAGCCCGCUAUAAGUUCACCCCCUACUCUUCGAGUUAGCUCCUUCUUUCCUGUUAGUAAAAAAGCUAAAGCCCUAUAAUAUUUUUGUAUUGGUGAAUAACCAAAAAUUUAACACAGGUUAACGUUAGCAAUUGAUUAAAAAAUAUCGAAUUGAAUUGAAUCAGAUAACAUGGAUAAGUUGUUAAACUGGUGCCUAGAUUUAAUGUUUAGUACACAAAUGAACAGGUUGAAGAAAGGGUUUGAAGCUGCUUGAUAAACCUGGUCAGUUUUAAUGUGUUACUGAUUCCAGUCGCCCUUGCUUCGGCUUCCGAAAUUAACCUUGAUUUAAACACUACAAUAGGUUCGGCUAAAAAAAGAAAAAAACAUUAAACGUAUACUGAACAAGUGUUAGCCUGUGAACAGGCCUUUGGUCGAGCAGGGAACUAGGGAGAGGGAAUCCUUGCUAUUUUUUUCCCCAAACAGAGAGCCUGUUCACAGGCUAAAGUGUCAUCUUUCAGUUUGGUAGCCUGAGAACCGCAGACGUAUUUUAUGUUGUCGCUUCUCUCCCUCCGGCGGGUGAAACUAGCUCCGAAAAAACCGGAUGCUCUCUCAGGCUAAUAGUUUGGGCGAAAAUACCGAUUAUCCCUGAGUAAAGAACAAUCUAUCUAUCAGAACGUUAAUCUCGUACCCAGAUCUCCCACGGCCCAGGUAAAACAGCUAGAGUGAGAUCUGGGUACGAGAUUAUCAGAACGUUUACGAAUCUCAGCCCAUGCGAGUUCCCUGUGUAAUAAAAACCACUAGGCUAACAUCUGUUGUUUUUAACUUAAUAAAAUCAUUUUAUUUUUAAUAAAAGAAAACAUCCUACCGCCCUGUUCCCGAAGCGAGCGAACAACGCAGCAGACCUCAGGGACAUUAAUAUUUUCGAUUUCUACUCACAAUACAUCUGUUUGUUUAACCACAAUGCAUGCAGCAGUUUUUUACUAUUGAUUCCUCUCUCGCCCAUUACCUUUUUCACCCUCUGCACAUCUCCCAUAAUUCACCUUGUUUGCGCCCCCCCCCCCCUCCCCCCCAACCGGCCUUGGUUUUUCAUUUUUCCUGGGUGUUACAGUCGUUCCAAGACGAAUGUAAAGACAAUUUUUAUUCAUCACUUUUGGGGGAAAACAAGGGGCAUUAUGGGAGGCGUGCAAAUGGAGAAUAAGCAUUUACUGAGAAACUAUUCAGUCUUGAGAAUUAGCCAAUGAGAUUAGUGUAUGUAAGGGCUGUGUAAAAUCAUCGCUUUCACUACGGAACGCAUAGUUUUUGAGAUGAGCGUAAGCGGCAUGGCUCUUGCCAGAACCUAAAGCUUGAUGAAAUGUUUUCCACCAAAAUCGCACUUCAUUACUCAUGACGAGCGGAAAAUAAAGGUGAUGGUGUUUUAUGGUGGAUCUGCGCGAUGGUUUGUGAUGCAAUUGUGAGUUGAGGUUGCGCACAGUAACCAACCUUGGUUAGCUUCGGUUCGUAGUUUUUAGGAAAAUAACACGAAACAAACAGCGAGCUGCAAAACCAUAGAGCCAUGGUGGCCAUGAAUUGAGCCCAGGUUGCACAGAAAACGCAGCAAAAAACCCAGGUUUAGGUAAGUGAGGUGCGUUUCUACAUUCAACUAUUCAACUAUAUUGAAUUUCUCAUGUAGUCCACAGAAUGUUCCUUAUGGGCACAUGCGGUUCAUGCACAGAGCUUGGGUGGCCUGUGACCCAACGAGACAGAAUAUUGGGGGACUGGGUGCCAAUUUAAAGAUGGCCGCCUCCGUGGCGGUCUUUUCCAAACUUCUGUGAAAACGACUUUUUUUCACCCACAACACGCUGAAAUCAUAGAGUUAAACGAUGAAUGUAAGUAAACGAGAAAAAGAAAUCUCAUUUCAGCGUCCACAUUAUGCAGUGGAUUUGGUGGAAAGAGCGUUGGAUUCCGGAAGUGCGAGUGUUGUUUGUAUGGCUACAAGCGAGUCUAAGCUUUUCAUUGCAUUUAAGAUCUUCCAACAGUUUCGGCGACGAGCUCUGAAAGCUGGGUUGAUGGUUCUUUUGGUCAACGACGAGACUGGUAAGCCUGAGAUUACAAGGAGAGCUUAUGUAAAAGUGCAGUGCUAAAAUCAAUAUAUAUCUGACAUGUACGAGUCGAGUCAGUCGAGUUAGAGAUUAUAAUUAUUUAGAAUGGCAAUAGGUCUCAGUCUCCUGAGGAGAAUUCACUGUUUAUUUGAAUACGUAUUAUCUUGUGAUCUUUCUUGUAACAAGAUGCCAUUUUUUUAUGACUCUAAGGGGCCUGGGAGGAGGUCAUCACUAGGAUGAAACUUAUAGUAACUGGGUAGUUUCUUCUGGAUAAGCCAACUUUCAUGGCUAAAAAUGUUAUAGACAAAGUGCCAUGUAGGCUUGAAUGGGCACUGGCAUUCUCCAUUACAUUUCCAUUUUUAUCCAGCAAGGUAACAUUUCAUUUUAGAAUGAUUUCCUAAAAACAAAAAACAUGAGAAUGGGAGUCUUGUCAUGAGGGCCAAGAGAAUAGUUAAAAAAUAGUGAGACUGACAUGGCCCCAAAUCCCCCUAGUAACUUGAGCCUUUGGGAUGUACAAGUUUUGCCUUUGGUGUGAGUUUUUUAUCUCUGCCUUCUCUUUAAACUUUUUCUACCUACUUAAAACCUUAUUGACAACCCUGUACUUUACAUUAAAUGUAAAGUGAUUUGAUUUCUAUCCGACAGUGAAACCUGUAUUAAGCGGACACCCUCUAUUAAGCGGACAGUAGCCGAAGUCCCCAAAUUUAUUUCCUUUAUUUACUUUACAUAAAACCGUUAUCAAGUGGACACCUCUAUUAAGCAGAAACAGACGCGGACACCUUAAAAGUACCUGGAAUAGUCAUUUCUAUUGUUGAUUACCUGUAUUAAACGGACACUUGUAAUAUUAAAUUCCACCACCCAACAUGCCAGAUGCCGGAAAUGCAAAAGACUGCCACCCAUAAAUUUUUUGAUUUUUACAUUUAAAAACAUGACUUGAUGAACUUAUUUGAUUAGUUUCACAGUACAGUAUUGUUUUCUAUUUCAUUUUGCUUUUAAUCAGCUUGUUUCAUUCCUCUGAUUUCUUCAAAUUUGAGUUGUAGUUAUAUGUUUUUGGUACUAUGAUCAAUAAUAAUUAUUUAUCAUAGUACCAAAAACAUAAUAAGGAAAUUAAUGCAAAUGUACUGUAUAGCAUCAUAGUCUCUGGGAAUAUUCUAAACAUUUCCACUGUUCAUUUGAAUGGCAUUCAACACCUCAUAUGACAUUAUCUAUCGAAACCUGUAUUAGGCGGACUCUCUGUAUUAAGUGGACACUACAACAUUCCCUGAGGUUUUCCGCUUAAUACAGGUUUCACUGUAUGAUAAUCUGCUGAUGUUUUUACUGAAAGACAUGAUGAAUCAAUCAAUCAACAGAACUUAUUCACAAUUGCUUCUUGACUAAUCAGAAGGAAACUCCAGCUUCUGGCUUUUUUAAUUGUGGGUAGAAAAUGUACCAUAUACCCUCUUUCCCACUAGAGACAUACAGUCUGUUUAGAGAUGUAGGGAGGGCAUUAUGACAGGAUGGAUACAAUUCCUGACACUGGGCUGUGGGAAAAUUAAUGAUGAACAGUCAAGAAAGAAAAAACAACUUGAAUACAUCUAUAUUUAUUUCCAGACCUACUUAACUCACAAAAUAAUACGUAUCCAUCAACUUUAUUUUUCCAUUUCAUUAAUGAUAAGCUAAUGACAAGUUGUGCUGCAUGCGUGUGAUGUAACAAGGGUUGAAGUUAUCCAUCAAUUAUUGGGCCACUUAAUCAUUUUUUUGCUUUGUGUCUUCAGCUCAGUUGGUGAAGCCAUUCCUGAAAGCUAUGGCAAACCAAAGUACGUUGUCUGUGAAAACUUAUUUUGAUGAAGAGGAGGUUACUGGAAACAAUCAAUGGUUGCCUCAUAAAAGUGAUAUUUUGGUUGCAACAGCCUCCAGUUUUCUACAGUUUAUAAAAGUUGGAGUGUUAAAUUUAACAUCUAUCAGCUUGAUUAUUCUGGACCAGUGCCAUCAUGCUACUUCUCCGGGUCAUCCGUUCACACUUAUUUUAAAUCAUGUAGAGAAUUGUGAACUGGAUUUUAGGCCAAAAAUUGUUGGGCUGUCUUCAGAGAUUUCACGUCAACUAUCAUGUCUGCAAGGUACUGAACGGUUUCUUAGCUCAGUGGAGGAAACAUUUAAUUGCAAGGCAUCUGUUUCUUAUGAUUUGCUGGGCUUGAACAGAUAUGGAGAACGUAGUGAUGAAGAGUUAGUGUACUACACUCAUGCUUCUGAGGACAAUCAACUUAUUUGUAAGCUCAAGGAAAUUCUUCAAAAUGCUGUCAUAUUUCUGAAAGACAUCAAAGAGCAAGAUGCAACUCAAGAAUGUGUCAAGUUUGCCAAACAUGUUUUAAGCGAGUGCCAUAAGGUUCUCUUGUUGUUUGGGCCAGAGCACACUGCUUAUAUUGCCAAAAUUACGAUAAAAGAGAUCAUGAAGUUUGAAAAAAAAUGUUCUGAAAACUAUGACCUGCUCAUUCUCCAAUAUUGCAGGACACAGCUAAGUUUAGUUGUCAACUUGCUGGAGAAUAGUACUUUUGAAAGAUGUGAAUUGACUGAUUUGACAGAGAAACUGCUGUUUCACAUGUCAAUGCAUUUAAAGCCUGGUUACACUGCAGAUUGUUCUUUUCAAGGGUCCAUUUGCCAAGAAGGUCUAUGUGCAGAUUCAGGCCCCUUAUCGGAUGAUCAAACUCAUAUGGCUGCAGAUGAUCUAACAGGAUUUCCUGAGCAACAACCUGUUGACUUGUCGGCUUCAACACAACUUCCCAAGAACUGGACAGUAGCCUCUCAACCGCAAAAUGUGCCAACAACGUAUGGAUCAAAGACUCAAUGUGAUGAUCCCUUGUGUGUCAUUCUUGUCCCUAGUACCAUCGUUGCAAAGGCUCUGAAUUCUCUCAUUAAUAAGCUAUCAGAUAAAUUUCCUGAGUACAAUUUUCUUAAGAGUGCGUGUGUCUGUAGUAAGAAAGCAAAACAAGAUGUUCUUGAGCAAGGCCUGGUUGAUGAAGUGGAGGGUAAGGUAACCGUUAUGGAUUGCAUGCAAGAUGGUUCCGUAAAUGUCCUUGUCGCAACUUUUGAGAUUGAAAAGGACCUGUAUGCACGCAGAUGUAGCUUGCUGAUACGUCAAGGGAUGCCUAAGGACUACAAACAUUAUUUCAGUGUGAAGAGGAGCCUGAAAUCUACAGGGGCCAAAUUCAUUGUUCUUGUUAGACAGACAGAAAAGGCAAAGGCUGAGGAGAAGUUUAAGGUAUAGCCAGUAAGACUUAGUGAAUUUAGUUUAUGGUUUGAUUUUAAAUGAGCCCAAGGUGAAACCUUGAAGUAAAUCCCAUAUUUGAUUGUGGAAAAAGGAUGAAAGCACUGAAAACAAUCAAGAGGGUUGAUUUCUGAGGUCUCUUUGACUAUUACAAUGCAGUAACCAGGGUUGUCAAAAGUAGCCAGUGAAAAUCGCUGCCUUCUUGGUUAGUAUCGGCCGGCUACUCUGCUUGGCAUUUCUUUAUGGGUGGAGUUUUUUUAAAUAAAAUAUCCCUGGACUGGCCGCUUACUUUGACAACUCAGCCAUCUACUUCAACACUUUUUGACAACCCUGAGUAACAGGUGUACUGUUGCAAUCGUGACUUCUUUGUCAUAAGCAUUGUUACACCAAAAAUCAGAAGAUACAUGUAAUAUCAUUGUGAUUGAUCAUGGGACCAAGAUGUUCCUCUAUCUGCUAUUUUCAAUUCACUGCAAUUGCAGUGCAAUUCACUUUUCAGGGCCCCCAAAUUAAAAUUUUUCUCUGGGGAGGCUCCCAGACCCCUUCAGUGGAGGAGGGGGAUGAUCCCCUUUGCACUCCCACACUUGACAUUGAGCACUCUAUCAUCUAAUAUAUUGCUGUCUAAUUAAAUUUACUUCCUUCUUCUUUAAAUUUCCUGUAGAGCAUUGGGAUAGUCCCCACCCUUGAAAGAAGCCUGGACUCAGUUUAAUAACACUUUUACUAGAGUUUGAAAAAAAUACCUACACCUUUUCAUGUAAAUUAUAGUACAUGUACAUGUAACACUUGUCAAAAUUUUGUUGAAUUGACCCCUUGUUGAUUGUCAAGCAGUGUGAAUGUGCAGUAAUCUCAUUUGAUGUUUGGCUGAAUCUGUGAGCAGGCAAGAUGAAGCCAAUCCUACAUGUACAUUAUGAUUGGCUACCCAAGUGGGAAAGGUGGGCCCAUCUUGCCCACUUGGGAUUUCCCGUGCUGGUAGCGCAAGAAAAAGUAUUUUUUGGGUCAAUAAACAAUUGACCAAGCUUGUCUGGUCAAGAUGGCUGGAUAUUGGCCUCUUUCUUUUUUGCAUCUUUAUUGACCUUGGUCUUGUCUCAGGUAAUAAAAAUGCAAAAAAGAACUUGGUCAAUAUCCAGCCACCUUUAUAUUUACCUCAUGCUUGGUCAAUAACACAUAAAAUUUUUUUGAAUCAAGCAGAGUUUGCAAGGGAUAGAAAAUGUUUUAGCUGAGAGAUGUCCUAACUGCCGACUCCCAUGCUGUGAAGUAAAGAAACUCUUCCCUGAGGAUCAACCAGUUACAGCAUAUGAACCUUAUGGUGAGGGUGGACCAAAGGUGGAUCUUUUGUCAAGCAUUUCCCUCCUCAACAGGUAGUCAAUGUAAAUUACCAUCCUAAAUUGUACUAGAUUGUUUACACCCUUCUUUUUCCUUGUGCCUUAUUAUGCUAUGAAUGCUUAACUGGAUGUGAGUCAAUUAAAAGUGCUAGGUUUUGUGGGCGGGGCAGGGGUGGGGAAAUACGGAAAAUAAAAAGAGAAAUAUAUUUCCACCCAGUGGACUUAAUUUCUACUGCUACCCUUUUAAUCUUUAGAUACAUGCUCGCUUUGCUUCCUGUCAGGUUCCUUGUAGGCUGCAUUUAGAUAAUGGAAGUCAUGAACAGAUUUUUCCCUGUAUCUGUUUGUAGGUCCACAUUAAAUUGUGGUUAAAAUUUUUAACCUAGGUCAGGAGCCCAUGGGCUCUUGCCUAGCGUGAUUCUUAAUCACUACUGUCCAGCACAAUGGAGCCCUAAUUACAUGUGUGUUAAGCUAGGUAGCCUGCUGGGCAGGUGUAUUUUGGGUUUGUGAAAGCUGUUUGUUUAAAAGGCCGCUAGCAACAGCAUGUUGCCCACUUUCACCUUUUGAUUAGUUAUGCGCUGUCCCUAGUGGUUCAUGUUUGUUUAUGUUUGUAGCCGCCAUCUUUGAUUUUGUGAGAGAGGAGGAUUGGGAUCGGGGAGAGUAGAAAUAGCUAGGGGCAAAAGAAAAAAGGGGGAGGGGAAGGGGAGGAAAAAGCUCCUUUUGACUUGCCCCACUUCCUCCUCUCUUUUGGAGUUUCAACAUGGCACCUUUGCUAGCAAAAACUUUUGUGUGCCCAAGGAAAAUGCCUGCACUGCAAGCUACAGCUGUUUAAGCUAGGUUGAAACAACCUGGGUUUGAUAAUGACCUGCAACAUAUAAUAUUAAUUAUACAUCUUUCUCAAGUUCCAUAGCGAAUGAGGAUGCAUAGUUGCAUGUCAGCCGGAUAAUUUUACAGGGUUUUCAUUAAGUUCUAAAGUAGACAGCUAGGAUGUAAAAGUAGGGGGCUUGGCAAUCAAGUGUUGUAGGCAACUGGAGGCUUCCACUCCCUCACUUUAUCUAUUUUCCCCUUAAAGUAGACAGCACAGACCUCAAAGUAACCGGUUUUUUAGCUGGUUGCUGGCACUUAAUGAGAACCUUGGGUUAAGGUUUAAGAGCAAGUUGUUUAUAGUGGAACGUGCACUUAGCUUAUCCAGCUAGUUUACAGGCACUUCACUCAAAUACUGGCUUAGAAACAAAUAAUAUAAAUACACCCAACCAGGAGUAAAAACCCCAACUGGCAGGAGGCAACCAUUGCAGUUGGCUAUUUACAAAUGUGGCGGAGGAUUUGAACUGCGACAACCGGGAACAAACCCAGCAAGUCGCCAGAGACCAAUCGGGCAGUCCCAGUUUUAAGUCCCUAGUCUGACACGGUGACCACUCGGCCACACUGCCUUUACGCUUCCAAAUUUGGAUUGUAAAGUGUCUUUACUCUUAUAGAGACGAUUUGCCCAAGAAUUGGUUCCAAAUCACGGCCGAAGGGCACAAAAAGUCCACUUCUGGUUGACAGGUGUCGCUCAAAAAUGUCCUUGCUUAAGUUCCCUAUCAAUAAAAUGAACCAGACAGCCACGACAUAGCCCCUUUAAAAAUUUUUACCCUGAAUUGAAUUUUUAUUUGACCUACAUCAUAUUAAUUUUGUCCAAAUUUACUUUUCUGUUCUGAAUUUCUUUUUAUAGUUAUUGCUCCAAGUUUCCAAGCAGUGGAACUGGUUCAGCCAUUCCUGUUUGCAGGACCAAAGAAGUGUGGUCUGAAAAUGAAGUUGAAUUUAUGUCGACUUUAUACCUGCCACGAAACUCUCCAGUUUACUGGCCUAUACAGGUAUCUCAAAAAAGAUUUUUUUCAGUCGUUUGGGCCUCAGUUUGGUCUAGAAAUAAGGUGGGAGCGGGCCCCCCGGGCCCCUCCUCUGGAUCCGCGACUGGUUGGUAGAUCUUUAUUAGUACCAUAAUGAAUUCGAAUGGAAAAUCAUAUGGAAAUCAAUGUAUGGAAUAACAUUAGAACUAAAACAGUUAAUUACAGUGUCGAGCUAAGUAAGACUGGUGUGCGACAAAAAUAUGGGAGGGAUGGAAGAAAAACAAAAAGAUGGAAUGCAGUCAACUAAUACCAAAACUAGUACCAAUAAGUAAAAUCCAACUAGUGGUCUAUUAACAAUUCUGCGUUCUGAUUGGUUGAGCUACUACUAGGCUAUAUGUUAUAGCCCACUAGUAGCGAAAAGCGCCGGCUUUUUGGCGGUAAAAAUGGAUUAAAGUCUAGCUUUAACUAGCUAAAGUUGUUUUGUCUCGAUAUUUUUGACCAACUAGGUGGAUUUUACUAAUUAAAAAACAAUUAUUCCUCUCGCCCUUGUGGCCUCUGACUCAAUAGCCCAAGAGGCCGACUCAGAGCCCAUUCGGGCUCGAGGAAUAAUUGUUAAAUAGACACCUCGCUUAGGUGAUCACCUCCUCAAAAUCGAUACCUAGAGUUGGUUGCUGACGUGCUUUACUCAUCUUCAUUGACUUCACAGAGGAAAAACACUUCCCUUAAACACACACUUAUAGUUGCAGUGCUCCCUUCCGUUCAUCAGUCAUUAAUUUUCAUUAGUGAGAACACUGACAUCCCGGACGUCAUGAUUGGCAACCGGAGGUACGAUGUCUCGUUUGAUGGAAUACUUUUGCCUCACACAACGAGUCUGAAUGACUUUUUUUAACUUCCACUCUGCGAAUUUGUCGAGUCAGAACACUGAAAGAGAGAGAAUAUCAACUUCCGGUUGCCACUAAAAAGUUUUUGACGUCCGGGACGUCAACGUCCUCGUUGCUAAAGGUCCCUAUUGACUCUCUGUAAGACGUACGCCUCCUAUGACCGAAACCUAGAGAUGGUCCCUGCUGUUCUUCAGUCCUGAUUGUUAUUGAUUUUCUAUGAGGCGGAAACCUCCCGAAAAUCGACACCUGGAGUUGGGCUCCGCUUUUCCCUCGGUCAUUUUCUUCAACUCUAUAUAAGGCGGGCACGUCUCUAAGACAGAAGUCUUGCGCUGGUCCCCACAGCGUCUGUCUGAUAGAGAUUUGACUGUAUUCAAUGAGCUCGGUGCGAGAAAAAGGAGGAAGGCAAAACUCUGAGUCUCGGAUAGGAAUUAAAAGUAAAGUUGCUUGUCUUGCCACCCCUUCUCUAUAGUCUGAAGGUGGGUAGUUUCUUUGUCUUAAGCUUAAGACAAAUUGAAUUUUGAACUUCAUUAUUCAGUCGAUCCUCCACCUGCGGACAUCUCUGAUAAGCGACCACCAUAACAGCAUAAUCAGUUAAAGCACUGUGAUUCGAGCCUCUUGCUACAGCGACCGUCAAAACUUCGCGUUUUCCGGCGGUGGUCUUUUACGGCACAUCUUACUCUUUUUUCUGCCAGAUGGUUUGAAUUUUAUAUGUCCAGAAUCUGAUUUGAUUUUGUUCAGCACCAUUCAUUUCAAUUUCUUUUGGGAGUCCCAUCUGGAACUCAGAAUUUUUUUCCGAGUUUUUCCCGCUACAUAUAUCAUUCUAUUUAUUAUUUAUUGCUCAGUGAGUAUUUACGUGACUGCGCGAUGCACUUUUUUGUGUGUUCAUUUGACAUUAUGUGACUGCGAGAUGCGGUCGUUGUGUCAGACCUGCUCAUCACUAAAGUUCACUGUAACUCAGUGGUUAGAGCAUCCGACUAGUGUACGGAAGGUCGUGGGUUCAAUUCCCAUCUGGAACUCACAAAUUGUUUCUGAGUUCUUCUCUCCACACAUAUCAUUCUAUUUAUCUGGGAUUUAAUCUUCCUUAUUCUAUAUUUGGUAUUAAGGCUAGUGUGACAGUGCAGAAAGAUCAGGUUAAUGAGGAAACAUUAAGGAAGGCCAGGAUCAAAUCUGAAAUGUGCGUUGCUCUGGAAACAUGUCGGCAAUUACACAAAUCAGGAGAGCUGGAUGAUGAUCUUCAGCCUAUGUUGAGGUACAUGAAUGUAAAGUUUAGGCAAAUUAAUUUCAAGUCCCUUUAUAGAGUAAUUCUUAUCAUAAGUACUUUAGCUUUACGUUCCAACGGUUUGUGAUUGGCUGAAAUAUCUCGCACCAUUUUCUUAACCAAUCAGGAGUUAAUCCAAAGCCAAUCGUGUCUUGCUCGCACGCGUUUUCCCGCGCUUGACACUGGUUUCCGAUUGGUUGAAGUAUCUCGCGCCACUUUCUCAGCCAAUUAGGGGUGAAUCUAAAGCCAACCGUGCCCUGCUCACACACACUUUCCCGCGCUUGGCACUGGUUUGUGAUUGGCUGAAUUGUCUCGGGCCACUUUCUCAGCCAAUCAGGAGUAAAUCCAAAGCCAAUCGUGCCUUGCUCACACGUCUUUCCCCGCGCUUUGUACUUUAACCUCUGAUGGCUUAGCGAUUUGAUUGGUUUGUCACCCGAAGUGUUCACGUGCUCACAGAUCUUGCGGACUUUAGGACGCUUGCCUAAAGUUUGAACUGGUCGGUGGUACCGUUCAUUUUCAAAAUGAAAAAGCUGUGUUACCUCUAAAUUUUCAUCAAAAUUUAUCACUUCCGUCUUCCGUGCGAACCAGGUAGGAAUAAACUGAUGUGGCUGAAUAGACUAAAUCCAGACUAGGCCGAAAUAUAGUGUCAUAGAAUAAAAAGGUUUACCAGAACGAACAAAUAACAACUUAUGAAAUGAAGUGACCCAUCCCGAUCCAACCGACUGUACUAAGACUAUAGAUAGAUGAUAAUAUACUGAUUUUUCAUGUCAUCGAAAAGGCAUCCAUCGAUUGGCGUCCACACUACCGUUUUGAUGCGUUUUCGAAUGUCCACACUAAAAGCGUUAGAAUUACACGUUGUGACGUAAGUUGAACUCCAUGCGCAAGCUACAAACACUCGCACUUACGACAUUUUUGGUCAUCGGUUUAAUUUUGAUGCGUUUCAACCGUUAUCGACCGUCCACACUAAUACGACAUGUAUGCGUUUUCUUUUUUCAACCACUUUCAAGAGUGUUUUCAAGUCGAUGCGUUAUUGGUGAAACGCUCGGCAUAUUAGUGUGGACGGAAGGCCUAAACGCAUCGAAAUGAAGGUGUUUUCAAACGAAAGCGCGUUAGUGUGCACAGGGCCUAAUUUAUGGUCGACACGAAAGCGCCAUCCUUGGAACACCCAGGGGCAGUCAGUCAUUCUUACAGGAAACAUGUUUAGUUUCGCAACGAAUCCUGUUCACACCAUUCCGUGUAUUGCGCGAAUCAACGCGCGUGGAAAAACCUAAACUAGCGCUACAAUGCAACGAAAUUUUUAGUUCAAGAGAGUCAACGGCAGUUAUCGUCUGUGAAAAGCAAAAAAAAGUUUUUUUUUGUGAAAGUUAUUAUGAUAUGGGUCCCGUUAAACGGCAUAGAUAAUGCAGACAGACAUAAAACGCAGCUGGCUCAGUGUCCUUAGCAGCAAUAUAUAGUGAAACUUCAACUCGAGGCCUUCCAAAUCCAUGCUCCAGCACUUUAACCGAUCGGCCACGCUGGCUCGAUAGUUCUCGCUAUCAAAGCUGUUAUGUAAAACGAAUGAAGGAAUGAAUGAACUGACUUUACAGUCGACUCCAGAUAACUCGAACCUUCAAGGGAGAUCGAAAAAGGUUCGAGUUAUCGGGAGCUCGAAGAAAAUAGCCGGGAGGAAGGAAAAAAACCGUUUUUACUGCAUAGUGAACAUUUUAAUCACAUUUAAUUGUAGAAGUGUCAAGUGAAAAAAAAAAGAUACUUCCAAAUUAUAAAUCAGAACGUAACGUAACGACAUUGCCUAAAUAGAGCAUUCGUUUUACUGUUUUGAGAAGUGAAGCUGUUUCACGUUAGAUUUCAAUUGAUUUGUGACAAACAACAUCAGCCUCCAAUAUUAAAGUAUUUGCCUACAACACGUCAAUUAGCCUCCCACGCAGGCGUUUUUAGGGGAGCUCGAAGAAAUACGAGCUCCCCUAAAAACGCCUGCGUGGGAGGCUACACGUCAAUGGGAAAUUCAAAAUUCAAUGUUUGCGACGCCAGGAGACUGUUUUUUCCCGACUUUUAAUUCAAUAAAAAAGGGCUCAAAACAUGGUUCGAGUUAUCGAGGGUAAAAUUGUGUGGAAAUGAUUUGAGGGGAAACAAAAACUAUUUCGAGUUAGCGGACGGUUCGACUUAACAAGGGGUCGAGUUACCGAGAGUAAAAUUACAGUAAACGUAUGACGAAAAUGUAGCGGAAAUUGAUUUUGAUUCGAGUUAGCGCGAGGUUCAAGUUAGCAAGGGUUCGAGUUGUCGGGAGUCAACUGUAUUUCAAUACCGUGUGUUUUCAUGAAAGCGAUAUGUAAAUGAGUGCAAGUUUUACUUAAAGAACAGAAAACGAGCAAAAUUUAUAUGUCAACAAAAUGUAAGAGUGAAGUGACGAUUUGACAGCUACCGAUAUUAAUAAGAAAUUGGACACGAACGCAUGCAACGCUCUUGUUUGUAUUAAUCUAGUCAUGUGCGUUCUAUAAAAUGUUUAUCGGUGAUAAGUUGAAAUAUAUCUUUUUCUUCUCUUGACACUUCAGUAAAGCUGUAGCCUGCAGAGCAAGCGUUAUUUUUCGCGUUUUUCAGGCGAGCUAAGGCAAGCGCGAAGCGGGCGUAGAGUGCGAGACACGCGCGAAAGGUGAGGGCCCGGAAAACGUCGCGUGUGUUUCUCGCGCCACGCUCGCUUCGCACUUGCCUUCACUCGCCUGAAAAACGCGAAAAAAUAACGCCUGUUUUUCGGGCUAAUAAAGGUGUUGGCAACGGAGGCCAUCAUAAUCAGUGAAAGAUUCUG